GAACGAGGGCGGAAUACUGACUAAAACGUCACUCUUCUUACAAUACAAUAUUCUUUUGCUGAGGUUUCCAUUUUCUUCUUUACCUGGAUAAAAUAACAUUUUCCGAACAUUUUCUCAUCAUGGUGUGUUAAUUCUGCUUCCUCGUGGAAUGGACACUCAUUCACUCUACCACUUAGUAAUAUUAUUUGAGGAAACUAAGCAGAAAUUAUCGAAAUCGCUUUCAUACAGAUCUCCAUCCUUACCAUAUCCAUUUAUCAUCCGGAAGUCUCUUAAGAAGGCCAGGCACUCUGACUUAAACACCUCAGACAUACAAGGUAGCAGGCAAUUUAAUCAAAUUACUGUGGAAACGUAUACAAUGGAUACUACAGAGUCGUGGAAUCUAGACAAAGGUGAAGAGAUAAGUUUUUUCUCUGGUAAUCCAACGGUCGAAACCACUGAAGGUAUCAUACAUAUAUACAAAAACCAGAGAGAAGUGCCACGAUGUAAUGACAUGGUUACGAGCACUGUACUAUGUUUCUUUUCUGUGCCAUCUCAUGUAACGGUAAAGGACUUACUGAGGUUUAUUUCACCUAUGCGCGAUGUGAUUGAAGAGCUAAAAAUAGUAAAGGAUAGUACUCCAAAUCAGUAUAUGGCAUUGCUAAAGUUCCGGACAGCCGAAGACACUGUCCACUUUUAUGAUACUUACAAUGGCACCUCUUACAAUACUUUAGAACAAGUGGCGUGCCAACUGAUGUAUGUCUCACAUGUGGAGAUCACGCACCCUUCUACAGGCGUUGCAUUUCCCACCAAAGAUCUAAGGGAGUUACCUUCUUGUCCGGUGUGUUUAGAGCGUCUGGAUGAACCCGUGCAAGGAAUACUGACUACAAUUUUAUGUAACCACACAUUCCAUGAUGGGUGUAUUUCACAGGUAGAAGACACCAUCUGUCCAGUUUGCCGUUAUGUUCAGUCACCUGAAAUGCUCUCUGACAGUCAGUGUGCAGAUUGUGAUAUAAGGGAAAACUUAUGGAUUUGUCUCAUAUGUGGUCAUGUUGGUUGUGGUCGUUAUGGUCAAAAACAUGCACAGGUGCAUUUUGAAGAAACAGGACAUACAUUCGCCUUAGAGCUCGGCAAAACAUUGGUCUGGGAUUACGCUGAUGAUGCAUAUGUUCAUCGGUUAGCUGUUAAUCACGAGGAUGGAAAAUUAGUCCAGCUUGGGCCCAGUAGUGAGACUGGUAACAAGAAGCUAGACAUAAUUAGCAUGGAAUUCAGUGCUAUCUUGACAAGUCAACUGGAAUCACAACGUGCAUACUUUGAGUCCCAACUGGAUUUAAUAACUACUCAGUCAAAUAUGCGUCUCGAAGAAAUGGAAUCCAGUGUCGAAUCGGCCUUAUCCGCUGCGCAAACAGCCGAAAAGAAACUCUCUGAAGUCAUAAAAGAGAACCUAGUCAUCAGUCGUAAAUUGCGACAAGCCACAUCAUUAGCUCAACGUUUACAAAGGGAUUUGGAAGAAGAACGUGCUUUAAAUCAAAGUUUACUUAUAAAUGAGAAAACCUGGCGCGAAAGAACAGAACAAGCGGAGUCGGAAGCGAAAACAGCUCGUGCAGAAUGUAGAGAAUUACUAUUAAACUUGGAAUUGCGAGAUAAAUUAAAUGAAUUAAACACAAGUAAAGAGGUGCUACUGUGAAGAUUCUGUUCAACGCUGAUUGGAUGAAGUGUCUCCUGACGUUUCUGCACCCCCAUUGACUUUUCCAAAGAAUACUUUGGGACUUCCCAACACUAGUCGAAUUCCAUCGCUAAUCAACUGAAAUUGCAAAUCUGGGUCAUUGGAUUCUACAAGACUUUAAUCUCUUAAACUUGAUCCUAUGUUCCAGUUUGUAAGUGCACAGUGCUAAACAGUACAAUCGACAAUGUAAUGAAGUGAACUUACCGUCGUAGUUCUUUACUUCAGUCUUCGUUAUCAUUUUGCAUAUUAAUCAUGCUCACAUUUGUAUAGAGCAUUAUUCGUAAUCUUAAAACGGACAGAAUAAUCAAUGUAUAAACAAGAAACAGCUACUUUCUGUAGCUUCUACGGCAGCCUCUGUAACUGACAGGUUUCAUAUGACACUAAAUACAUUUGCAUCACCGAUGCCUCAAACGAC